ACUCGGUCAAUCUGGGGGAGGGGCUGAGCACCUAGAUUGCUAACCAGCGAUACAGGUGAGUCUCACAAUCGCGGAAGUUUGCGAGCCGCUUAAUUAAAGAAAAGAGGGUGACCCAUUCGAGAAGCCAGACUUCCACAAUCCGAACUGUUGGCGGUGGGGCGCGGGCACCUGAGGUUUGGUGAGUUCCCCCAGGCAACUGUGAUGCAGGGUCAAGAGCGAGAAGCGCGCGGGAGCACCAGGCGCCAGCGCCCGGGCCAAGCGCUGAGAAAGACGCUAAGGAGGGUUUCCGGGGCGGGUAUCGGCCUUUCCCGGGCCUCCUCGGCAGGAGGCCCCCGCGGACCGACUCCGGCGACACCGCGAGGCUCGGAUGGCAGAGGCCGCACGUUACGCAGGGAUUUCCCCUGCGCCGUCCGGCUACCGGGGUCGGCAACUUUUUCUCUUCCUCUCGUCACCCGGCCCUCUCGACGAGCAUCCGCCCAGCCCCGCCAAGCCCCCACGCCGCAUGUCGGGCGCACGAGGAGGGGGCGCUGGACAAGGCCAGCGCUUGGGCUGCCGCUGCCGAACCCGUACGGUCGGCGGGCGAACCUCGGCCUCUGGCCCGCGCAGCCGCCGCUCCGUCAGGCCCAGCCCCUCGCCCCGACCGCGGCUCCACCAAUCGCCGGCCUCGCCCCGCGCCGCACCUGCGAGGAGGAGCCCGCGCGCCGCCGUCGCAGCGUCCCGCCCCGCCCCCACCGCGGCGCCCCGAGAUCGUCCGCUGCCGGCGUCUGGUUCCCGGCGGGCGAGGAGCGGAAGCUGCUAGCCUCAGGGGGUCUUGGGCGCGCCAGAGCCCGGCGGGCUGCUGAACCGCAGCUUCCGGGCAGCCGCGGCAACGGCGAGGCGCGGGUGUCGCGCAGAUCCCUCUACCCCGAGCGAGCGGGCGGGCGCCGCGAACCGGCAGCCCCGCUGGGGGCGGCGGCCGUGGCGUUCGCGCUCAUACGCCCUGUGCGCCGCGUUCCAUGCCGGUGUGGUGUUGUCGCUGCUCCCUGGCCGGUCAUUUCAGGAAAUGGACCUUCAGGAAUCUGCCUUUCUUAUAUGUUAUCAGGCUAUAGACCAUAUUUGUCAUCAGAAGCAAUACAUCCAAAUACAAUCUUACAUAGUAAAUUAGAAGAAGCAAGACAUCUUUCCAUUGUUGAUCAGGACUUAGAAUACUUGUCUGAGGGCCUUGAGGGCCGAUCAUCCAAUCCAGUUGCAGUACUUUUCGACACACUUCUUCAUCCAGAUGCUGACUUCGGGUAUGAUUAUCCAUCUGUCUUGCAGUGGAAAUUAGAACAACAUCAUUAUAUCCCUCACUUAGUUCUUGGUAAAGGUCCACCUGGUGGAGCUUGGCAUAAUAUGGAAGGCUCCAUGUUGACAAUCAGCUUUGGAAAUUGGAUGGAGCUACCUGGACUUAAAUUUAAAGAUUGGGUGUCCAGCAAACGAAGAAACCUUAAAGGGGAUCGAGUUAUGCCAGAGGAAAUAGCUCGCUACUAUAAACAUUAUGUAAAAGUCAUGGGUCUUCAGAAGAAUUUCAGAGAGAAUACUUACAUUACGUCUGUAUCAAGACUCUACAGAGAUCAAGAUGAUGAUGAUCGUCCAGACAGAAAUAUUUCAACGCAGCAUUUACAGAUAGAGAAGUCACAAUUUAUCAAGAGAAACUGGGAGAUCAGGGGUUAUCAGCGAGUAGCAGAUGGUUCCCACGUUCCCUUCUGUCUGUUUGCUGAGAAUGUAGCUCUGGCAACUGGAACAUUGGAUUCUCCUGCCCAUCUGGAAAUUGAAGGGGAAGAUUUUCCUUUUGUGUUUCAUUCAAUGCCUGAAUUUGGAGCUGCUAUAAACAAAGGAAAGUUGAGUGGCAAAGUGGAUCCAGUGUUAAUUGUAGGUUCUGGGCUUAGUGCAGCUGAUGCAGUACUGUGCGCUUACAACAAUAAUAUCCCUGUGAUUCAUGUAUUUCGCAGACGAGUAACUGAUCCAAGCUUAAUUUUCAAACAGCUUCCCAAAAAGCUUUAUCCAGAAUACCAUAAAGUCUAUCAUAUGAUGUGUACUCAGUUAUAUUCUGUAGACUCAAAUCUUUUAUCUGAUUAUACGAGUUUUCCUGAACACCAUGUGCUUUCGUUUAAGUCGGACAUGAAAUGUAUUCUUCAAAGCAUCUCUGGAUUGAAGAAUAUAUUUAAGCUCUCUGCAGCAGUAGUAUUGAUAGGUUCUCAUCCCAACCUGUCUUUUCUGAAGGAGCAAGGGUGUUACCUCGGUCAUAACUCAAGCCAGCCAAUCACAUGUAAGGGUAAUCCUGUGGAAAUAGAUGCAUAUACCUAUGAGUGUAUUAAAGAAGCUAACCUUUUUGCAUUGGGUCCUUUGGUUGGAGACAAUUUUGUUCGAUUCUUAAAGGGAGGGGCAUUGGGUAUUACACGCUGUUUAGCUACAAGACAGAAGAAAAAGCAUUUAUUUGUUGAAAGAGGAGGAGGAGAUGGGAUAGCUUAAAGCAAGUUUACAAGUAAUUUUAUAUGGACAGUUUACUGUUAAAAGAUUUUUAAUAGUGGUUUUGCAGUGUACUGGCUUGAAUUUUCUGGACUUUGAACUAGCUGGAGAACAGCCUCAAGCUAUAGUAACUAUUUUUUAAAGUUACAAGAACUUGGUGUCCUGAUUUAUAUUGUAAUGUAUCAAAACUGCCAGUGUUCAGACAAGUAGAAACACUGCCAAUUUGGUAUACUUUAAGCUCUCACUUAAGUGAAACAUGGUUUUCUUUCAAGACUUACUUUUUGUGAUCAUUUUUGGUUAUGUCUGAUUUUAAAAUAUUACAGCCUUGAAUCUAUAAAACCAUACAGUCAAUAGGCCAGAAAUUGUCCUCAGUAUAUAUUGGGUCACCUUGCUGCUCAAAGGGUAGUGCAAAGAUCAGCAUCUGCUUCAGUUGUAACCUGUUAGAAAUGUAGGUUCUGAGGCCCGACAAUAGACAUAUUGAAUUAGAAACUGCAUCUUAAUAAGAUUCUCAAGGAAUAUGUAUGCUCAUUAAAGUUUGAGAGACACUGGUCUAAAUGACAGUGGGAUACAAGGUUAUGUAUGCUGGGGGUGGGUUGGGGAUAGGAGGCAUUUACAACUCAGGUUUUAUUUAUUUUGAAAUUACCAAUUAUGUAAAUUAAUUUAUUACCAAAUAUGAAAAGUAUUUUUAUUGAAACCUUAACAGGUACUUCAUAUUCUUAGCUUCUAAUAAUUUAAACAGUCCAAUAAUGUUGGCAUAUAUUUAAGACAUCCAGGAACCUGGCCAGGACUUUUUUUGAAGGUUUAUUCUCUACUUAACUAGCGUUAACAAUCUAGUUUGCAGUUCAGUGAACUGUGAAAGGAACUACUUAUCGCUGUGUGACCACUGAGUUAAAUUUGUCACUGAAACUAAGAUAUUUGGGCAUAAGGACUUCUAACAUUGUAAUACUAUUUGGGUAUUGCUUUAGGUCAAAAUUGAAAAUAAGGUUAAAAUCUGUCUUCUCCAUUCUCAAGAUGAGUACUUUGAAAUUUAUUCACUGGAGAUGACAGAGCAGCUCAUACUAUGGUUAUUUAUUGAAUUAUAUGCUGUAUCUUAAUUUAUAUUUAAGUGUGCUUAAUGUCUGUUAUUUAUACACAAAUCCCCAGAAUUCUGAGUGUAAGAUAAAGUCUUUCUUCUGAAGUUCUCUAUGGCAAAUUGAAUUUCUCUCUUUUUUUUAAUUUACAUCUGGAAUGUGUUUAUUGAAUGUCUAACUAUUCCAUUUUUUCUUAGUAUUAAAAAAUGGACUACAGUAUCAGUAUUCUGUACAUCUUAUUGCAACAUUCUGUUCCUAAAAUAUAAUUUAUCUUAAAAUUGUUCAGAAUGUACUUCUUCCUCCAACUAGCUGUUUGAGAUGAAUUCUUACACUCUUGAUAAACAUGUCAGAUUAAUUUGAUUUUAGCAAUAUAAUCCAGUUUUAGUUUACUUUGAUGGCAAAUUGUUUUCAAAUUAAUUUCAACCUACUGAUAUGGUGUAAAAUCCUGAUUGUACUUGAUUGAGCACUCUCCAGCUUGCCUGUUCUUAGGAGCUCUGAGUGAGUUGGAUUGGAUUUUUUUUUAAUGUCAUUUCUAAAUUGAAAAUGAGAUAGCUAUAAAGAUGGUUUCUAGGAAAGGACAAGAACUGCUGACAUCCCCUUGUGUCUCAAGUUUGCUCUUACCCCACCAAUAGCAUUUUUGAGAUGAGAAUAUUCACCCAAAAAAACCUGAUUUCAGGGAAAAUAAAGCUUCAGUGAGGCCCUAAAUAAACCUGGUGAAUAAUUUCAUCUUGAGUAACCUUCCAUUUCUCAAUUGUCCCUCAAACUUAGCUGCCCUGUAUUGCAUAUAACAUUAAAGCUUUUCUCUGAUGUACUAUACUCUUAUACUCUUAAAUUGAUCAGCUUCUGUCCCAUAAUUUCAAAUCUUAAUUUUCAGUAUCAAGUAGCUAGUCAAGGAGAGGGGGAAAACACUAAAUAUUUGACUAGUUAGUCUUACUAUGAUGUGGGCAUUGCUUCUUCAUCCCUCAACAGUCUAGCUCUUGAAAAAAGGUUUAAAAAGCAUAAUCUCUCUGGGGUUUUAAAAAUAAUACAAUAAAAAUAAGAUUUAGUCACAGCUCUGUCUUUGGGGCAAUCUUGAGUUUGUGAACUUUGUUCAACUUUACUGUUUUUUUUUUAAAGAUUUUUUUUCCUUUUUCUCCCCAAAGCCCCCUGGUACGUAGUU